AUGGCUACUUUGAUGAUGUUGGCAAAAUCUGGAAUUUCGAAUGAAUUUGCGGAAUCCCAGGUUGUAAAUCAAUURGUGAAAUCCGAUAUUGCGAUCGAAUGGAUAUGUGGAGAGACUAAUUCAAUGGGUAACUGCAGUACCAUACCAAAGCUUACAGACUGGCUCGAAAUUCUUUCCGAUAAAAUUUUUACUGACGAAUAUACAGACUUAAUCUAUUGCCCAUUCGAAAUCGUGGAACGUCACGCCAGGUGUAUGAAGUUGUACAUUGAACGUUGUCAGAAUUAUGUAUCCGAAGAAGAGCGACACGCCUUAAACGAGUAUACUUUACGAAAAGAAGAGAACCCAUUGGAUCUCUGCUCCGAAGACCGACCUUACAAGAAGGAAUUUAUUGACCACACGACUUGCACGAAUUCCAUGUUUGGAAUAGAUUACGACGAUCCAUGGACUGUUCAUCAGAUAAAUCAAGAGGUGGAAUUCGGACUGAUGUCAAAGAAAGCGGAUAUCCUCKAGAAAUGCACCACCGUUCGCCAGUAUUGGUACAGUCAGAUGACAUGGAUUCGUAAAAAAUGUGGAAUGAAGACCUUAAAGUUUUCCCGUCAAGUACUCAGCCAUAUGUGGCCCUUAAUGUCAUUGAUGAGAAUGUGUCACGAGCCGCUGACAAUUUACGGAUACAUCGAAACAUGACCGACUGUUUGGAAUGACAACUUUGAACGUCUGCUUUUCAAAUUUUUAUAAUUGCGUUAUCGUUUA